UUAUUAUCUCUCUCUCUCUCUCUCUUCAAAAGCAGUCUAGCGAGCCAUGGUCACCAUCUUGUAACCGCGUAACCAUCUCUUAUCUUUCUUUCUCUUUUUAGCCAAGCUUCUCGUUCUCGUCGCAGUCUCUCUCUUCGUCCUCCAGCUCCUCAAGCGCCCUCGUCUCUUAAGGUGAACUAAGAUCCCUCAUGGCGACUCCCGGAUCUGAUGCGGCUGACAACAACCCUCCUCCUGCUCCCACCGACGCCUCGCCCGCAGCCAACGAUUCCCAGAAACGCGGCCGUGGUCGUCCGCCGAAGUCCAAAUCCGACUCUCAGCCAGACGGCGCCGUUUCAGCUCAGCCGGCUAGGAAGCCAAGCGGUCGUCCGAGAAGAAACGCAGCGGCAGCGGCGGCUGUUCCGGCUGCGUCUGCGGCUGUGAAGAGCGGCCGUGGUAGGCCAAAGAGGUCGAGCACUCUGGCUGCGACGGAGUCUCAGGUGACUGGAUCGAGAAAGCGUGGGAGGCCAAAGAAAGAUGACGUGGCGGCGGCUCCAGCUAAGAAGCGUGGACGGAAACCUAAAACUGAGCAAGUGGCCAAGCAGAGGACUUCGAACAGGACGAGGAAGGCAACAACAGAAGCUACUACUGGGCAUGGAGCUGCAGACCCGAGAGAGUUCAAGAAAAAAGCCGCACUCUUGCAAAAGAAAGUGAAGCAAGCUGCGGAUAAGUUGAAGAUAGCAGUUUCAGCAAUCGAGGAGGUCCAAAAGAUAGCGGAUGCAAUGUAGAAGACUCUUCAACAAGGGAUAGUGGAGAAGAAUGUUAUGUUUGUCUGUUUUAGGGAAAACAUUUGUUUGCAGAAAUUAAAGACUAAUUGGUUGGUUGAAGUUUGAUGUUUCAAUUUAGAGGUUUGUUUGUACGUUCGUUGUAGGAAUGGUACCAAGAAGAGAGAAAACAGCUAGUGUUCAUGGUUCGUAACCUUUGAUGAUAUAUCUGGUGUAGCUGUGACUUGGGAUGCUUUAACACUUUUGCGUUCAA